GUCUAGACCUCCUACCUCCUCAACAGAUGUGUAGUCUAGACCUCCUAUAGCUCCUCAGAUGUUUAGUCGAGACCUCCUACCUCCUAUAACUCCUCAGAUGUUUAGUCGAGACCUCCUACCUCCUAAACAGAUGUUUAGUCGAGACCUCCUACCUCCUAUAACUCCUCAAUAGAUGUGUAGUCUAGACCUCCUAUAGCUCCUCAACAGAUGUGGUCUAGACCUCCUUCGUCCUAUAGCUCCUCAACAGAUGAGUAGUCUAGACCUCCUACCUCCUCAACAGUAGAUGCUACUGCUGUUUUCAUGCCACAGCAGCCCUGUGCGUGUUCCCGCUCCGUCGAGCACGCCCCCGCCCAGUAGGAGCGUGCACAUCGUGUGCGCGCAGGACCCUUCCCUAGACUACAAGACAGUACCAAACCCAGCCUGGAGCCUGACGCAAGGGAGCGCACCCAGAGAACAGAGAGAGAGAGAGAGAGAAGAUGGACGGAGUGGGAUCGUUCGGAGCGGGCCUGGCGGGUGCUGCCUUCGACCCGGUUUCCUUCAUCAAGCAGCCGACCACCAUCCUCAGGGUCUUGUCCUGGGUAUUCUCCCUGGUGGUGUUUGCCUCUAUAGUGAACGAGGGCUAUGUGAACCUGGGUAGUGAACGUCUCCACUGUGUGUUCAAUAAGAACCCUGAUGCGUGUAACUACGGAGUGUUCUGUGGUCUGGUGGGCUUGUUGCUGUGCUCCUUCUUCUUCCUGUUGGAUGUGAAGUUUCAACAGAUCAGCUCUAUUAAGGACAGGAAGAAGGCUGUGAUGCUGGAGGUCGGGGUUUCAGGUUUCUGGACGUUCCUGUGGUUUGUGAGUUUCUGUUUCCUGGCCAAUCAGUGGUCUAGGACCGCACCUGAGGACCUGCCACUCAAUCAGGGGGCUGACGCAGCCAGGGCAUCUAUCGCCUUCUCAUUCUUCUCCAUCCUCACCUGGGCUGGUCUGACGGUGCGUGCAGUCCAGAAAUAUCUCCUGGGAACAGACAUGACCCUCUUCACCACCGACCAUCUGGACGGAGUCGCCCCUGUAACACCAUACCCCCCCACCACCACCGGGGGCACCAUCGAGCCCAGCGACAACUACCAGAGCCCCCCGUUCACAGAGGGGCUGGAAGCUCCUGCCCCCACAUACCAGGUCCCCAUAUACUAGUCCCUCCCUGUCCCCAUCUCCCUGUCCCCACAUACCAGGUCCCCAUAUACUAGUCCCCUCCCUGUCCCCAUAUACUAGUCCCUCCCUAGUCCCCACCUCCCUGUCCCCGUAGUCCCCACAUACCAGGUCCUAUCCACUAGAGAACAUAGUGCUGGAAGCGCUGAAGGGGACCUAGUUACAUGUACAGUCCCUCCAUGGUAAUGUUUUUAAGGGGAUGUUAUGUUCUUGGGUUCGGUGUUAUCUGCAUGUUCUGUAAGACUGACUAAGUGCCAAACUGUCUUGUGUGUCUGACAGUGACUGUAGAUAGUAACUUUCACCACUAUGAUGUUAACGUGACCAAGUGCAAUAUCUCCCUCCACCCAGUAGCCACUCUGCCGACCAGUCAUACACUAUUCCCUAUGUAGUGCAUUAAUGAUGGCCAGCUGAGCCUUUACCACCAGUGCACUUUGUAAGGUAAUAGUGGUUUCAGAUGCGCCCUAAACUAAUGUGUGCAAACAUCACAGAAGAUUCUGGCUGGUUUAUGUUUACAUUCUAGAAGUGGUUUGUUUACAUUCUAGAAGUGGUUUGAUUACAUUUAGAAGCUAUUUAUUUAUGUUCUAGAAGCUGUUUGUUUACAUUCUAGAAGCUGUUUGUUUACAUUCUAGAAGCUGUUUGUUUAUGUUCUAGAAGCUGUUUGUUUACGUUCUAGAAUCUUUUUAUGUUUACGUUCUAGAAGCUGUUUGUUUACAUUCUAGAAUCUUUUUAUGUUUACGUUCUAGAAGCUGUUUGUUUACGUUCUAGAAGCUGUUUGUUUACGUUCUAGAAUCUUUUUAUGUUUACGUUCUAGAAGCUGUUUGUUUACGUUCUAGAAGCUGUUUUUACGUUCUAGAAUCUUUUGGUUUCUUUUCUAGAAGCUAUUUGUCAUUCUGGAAGCUGCCAAACUGCCCUGCUAGUUGUCUUCCUUCACAGAGCAUCAGUCAGUCAGCUACCCAGAGAUAAACUAGACAUACCAUGAUGGCUCUUUAUUACUGUAUAUACCCUGGGUCUGGGUCUCUCUAAAUCUGCUCUGUGGAAUAUAACCGUGCCCAUUGUUACCAUGGUGACAACACACCCACACACACUCACUAGUGAACCUCACUGCCCAGUGUGUGUGUGUCUGGUGUGUGUCUGGUAUUUGUUGUUUCAGGUCUGAAGAAAAAGAAAGACAAGUAAAGUGUUCUUCUGUUGGUGGUGUUCCGGAACAGAGGUGUUCCGGAACAGUCUGUCUCACCAUCUUGUACAGUGUCUCUAGGUGAAGCCUAGACAUUACAUGUCACUGUCUGUAUUGACAGUCAUAUUACAUAUUAUAUUACAAUUCAAGAGGUUUUGUGUUUGUUGAUAUAACAGUCAACAGAUGAAUAUAAUGCUGAAUAUAACUGACCUCCAGAAAGCCUUGUCUGUGGUGCCAUCUGCUCCUUGUAUCACUAGCGGUGUAACAGCGCCCUCUAGCUGCCGAGGGACUCGAGCUUUUAAAGGCCCAAUGCUGCAGCUCUCUUUUUAUCUGAAUAUCAAAUCAUUUCUAACGAAUUAGUACAUUUCUGUUAUUCCUUUUGACCAUUUUAAUUGAAAACAAACGAAAAAAUAGCAAAGUGUAAUAUCUCAAGCAAGAAUUUUGCUAGGACUGUCGGAGUGGUGAGGGGGAAACUAGCUGUUAUUGGCAGAGAGAUUUCGAACUCUCUUAUUGGUCUAUUAACUAAUUAACCGCCGGGUGACGUCACCAGGCAGGCCAAAACUCCAUCCCACCAAAACAGACUGAAAUUUCAGACGGUCUUUUCAAGCAGCUCUUCAACUAAAACGGCAUUAUGAAUUUCACAGUAUUAUUCCAACAUCAUAGCGUGGAAAUAUAUCAAACACAGGAAAAUUUUUGACUGCCUGGGGCUUUUAAAAUACGUUUAAAAGUGAUGAAUGUAAUAUUGUGUGGGCAAAAUGUUCUGUUGAAUUCUGUGUAAUUGUGAAUUUAAAGAGCCGUUUGUUUUGAUUUUAAAAUUCAUUUGAUCUGAAUUGAUAUGGAAAAACGUUGAUUUACCCCUAAAAAACCCUGAAAGGUUGAAUAAAUGGACUUACACAUAGGACCUACAGUAUAACGAACGGAGUUCUAUGUUCAGAUUAAGAGGAUGUUUCAGUAUGUAGAUCAGGGACGGGCAACUCAAGGAUGGCCAAUAUACAGCACCAGUCAAAAGGUUGGACACCGACUCAUUCCAGGGUUUUGAUUUAUUUGUACUAUUUUCUACAUUGUAGAAUAAUAGUGAAGACAUCAAAACGAUUAAAUACUCCCUAUUAAUGUAGAAUGUCCUCUGGGUCUAAUAGACCUAUUAAGGAUUAAUCGUAUAACUUUUAAAAUGUAUUCCCUUUUAAAUGUGUUGUAAACACAACCAGUCAUGUUUUCAGCUUGCCAAACAAUCACUUCCCUAAAGGUGCUCCUGUUGGCUUGCCGCGCACGUUUGUCCACUGUGCGCCGGUCGUUUGAUGAAUGGAAAGAGAUCUGUUACAAAAUAAACGAGAAGUGUAAUGACAUUCAGUGAUUGUCAAUGGCAACCAUUAGGCUUGUAGUCUGAAUUGAUGCGUCCGCUGCUGUAAGAGCGCGUCGCAGUCUGUCUCUCUGCCUUGGUAGAAAUGUUGUCGGACGCAAUUUGGAGGGAAUACUGCCCGUUUUAAUGUCAAUUCUCUCAUUUUCAUGCAGUUGACAUGCGGUAAUGUUAAUCCUUAAGAGUUUGAGUUUAAUGCGUCAAUCUCAGUAACAUAAUACAAAAAUCCCCAUCUAAACAUGUCAGUUUAAAGAUAGAGAUGGUUUGCCUGGGCUCAAUGCACCGCAUCCUCCUGUCGGGAUUCCGCAUCAGCGGGGGAAGGUGGCCGAGCUAAAGCAGUGUUUGACAGAACAUGAGACAUCCCGAAAAUCAGAGAACCGUUUGGGCAUCUCCGUUUAGCUCUACGAACCCCACAAGUGUCAUAGGACUCCUCUGAAGGUAACCAGGUACCGGUACAAAAACAAUCAAUAAAUGGAAGUAUGGAGGUAGUUUUGUUAAAUAUGUCCAAAAAACUACAAUAUUUCCUGGUCUUAUAUCUCCUAGAUAUACAGAACCAAACGUUUGGACACACCUACUCAUUCAAUGAUGUUUUAUUUUUUAAAACUGUUUUCUACAUUGUAGAAUAAUAGUGAUGUCAACUAUGAAACAACACAUGGAAUCAUGGAGUAACCAAGAAAGUGUUAAACAAAUCAAAAUAUAUUUUACAUUUGAGAUUCUUCAAAGUAGCCACCCUUUGCCUUGAUGACAGCUUUGCACACUCUUGGCAUUCUCUCAACCAGCUUCACCUGGAAUGCUUUUCCAACAUUCUUGAAGGAGUUCCCACAUAUGCUGAGCACUUGUUGGCUGCUUUUCCGUCACUCUGCGAUCCAACUCAUCCCAAACCAUCUCAAUUGGGAUGAGGUCAGGUGAUUGCGGAGGCCAGGUCAUCUGAUGCAGCACUUCAUCACUCUCCUUCAUCAAAUUGCCCUUACCCAGCCUGGAGGUGUGUUGGGUCAUUGUCCUGUUGAAAAAUCAAUGAUAGUCCCACUAAGUCCAAACCAGAUGGGAUGGCAUAUCGCUGCAGAAUUCUGUGGUAGCCAUGCUGGUUAAGUGUGCCUUAAAUAAAUCACAGACAGUGUCACCAGCAUUUCAGUUGAAUACAUUCAGUGGGACAUCUGACUAGGUAUCCCCCUUUCCCAAAGCACCCCUACACCAUCACACCACCUCCUCCUCCAUGCUUCGCGGUGGGAACCACACAUGCAGAGAUCAUCCUUUCACCUACUCUGCAUCUCACAAAGACACGGUUGGAACCAAAGAUCUCAAAUUUGGACUCAUUUGGACAGAUUUCCACCGGUCUAAUGUCCAUUGCUUAUGUUUCUUGGCCCAAACAAGUCUUCUUAUUGUGUCAUUUAGUAGUGGUUUCUUUGCAGCAAUUCAACCAUGAAGGCCUGAUUCACACAAUCUCCUCUAAAAAGUUGAUGUUGAGAUGUGUCUGUUACUUGAAUUCUGUGAAGCAUUUAUUUGGGCUGCAAUCUGAAGUGAGGUUACCUCUUUGCUUCUUGCCAUAAUGUGGACUUGGUCUUUUUACCAAAUAGGGCCAACUUCUGUAUACCACCCCUACCUUGUCACAACACAACUGAUUGGCUCAAACGCAUUAAGAAGGAAAGAAACUUCACAAAUUAACAAGGCACACCUGUUAAUUGAAAAGCAUUCCAGGUGACUACCUCAUGAAGCUGGUUGAGAGAAUGCCAAGAGUGUGCAAAGCUGCCAUCAAGGCAAAUACAUUUUGAUUUAUUUAACACUUUUUUGGUUACUGCAUGUUUGCAUAUGUGUUAUUUCAUAGUUUUGACGUCUUCACUAUUAUUCUACAAUGUAGAAAAUAGUAAAAAUAAAGAAAAGCCCUGGAAUGAGUAGGUGUGUCCAGACUGUUGACUGGUACUGUAGGACAGACACUUCAAAAACCUUGUUUCGUAUCAUUUCUUGUUUUGCCAUUGCUGAAUAUGUUAUUCAAUGUGUUUCUAUAGGUCAUUAGUAGUAAUAAUAAAUAUUAAAGGCCAAAUUCAAUAUUUGAAAUGGCUCCAUACGGAACACAGUUACUUACUCUACACAUCACAGCAGCGUGUCUGUUCUAUAUCCUAUAAUUCUAUGUUGUGUUGAUGUUCUCAGUACUCUAGUCUGAGUGAUAGAGGGGUCAGGAGACAGGGAGGAGGGGUCUGGAGACAGGGAGGAGGGGUCUGGAGACAGGGAGGAGGGGUCAGGUCUGUAGAUUAAGGAAUCAUUUCAGAUCAACUAAUUUCUGUCCUGUUGAUCCUCCGAAACACACUCUGCCUGCGUAUGUGUGUCCACUCCAGUGCUGUUGGUAGUAAAGUAUCUCAGUGUGUAUUAUAGAAGUGGUCGUAAAGCCGUCUGUAGUGCUUCAGUAUUAUAAUAACUCUGUUGGAAAUGGACCAAUCACAUGUGAUCUGACCCUGGUUGUUGUUUUUAAAGGUGUAGCACCUCAAUGUGCCCAUUACUUACAGAGGUCCUUCCAUUGUUCUCCUCUCUGAAUGUCUGACUGCUGUCAGAUCACCUCACUGAAAUAAAGCAGAAAAUUUUUCAUGA